CAAGCCUUUGACUUCUGACUGGAAUGACGUCGUUCAGUUGGAGGCCAUCUCUUCGACGAGUCGCUCACCAAACGAGGGGUUUUGCCACGCUGAAGACUGCCAACUUUGGCGAGACACUGCGGACAGAAUUGCCUGGCACGGUUCCUCCACACAGAUGUUACGUCUUUCUCCACACGCCGAGCCCCCCCAGCACAUAUCCAGCUAAAUUCUCUACUCCGGUCCAACGCGCUCUCCUCCGUGAAUUAAUGCCCAUUGGUGGAUCGGUCAAUUUUAGCUGGUCCGAAGGUGGGCCGUCGUACCCCCUUAGACCGGAAGACGAGGAAGAGAUGCAGGAAUACUAUCUCACCGCAUUUUCGAUUGCAAGAGGGAAAGUCGAGGUGCCUGCCGUGUCUAUGAAGAACGUAGCAGAGAUUGGGAGUAAACUCAGGGAACACGCAGAAAGUCCCGUGCCAGGCGGUGCGGGUGUGCCUAUGUCAGAUGGCAUCCAUGUGUAUGUGUGUACACAUAUGGCGAGGGAUUGUCGGUGUGGAAAUACAGGAAGUGCCGUUGCCAGAGCUCUUCGCGAGGAGUUGCACAGACGUCGGAACCUUGACCACCAGGACCCAAGUGCGCGCGUUCGGUUGGCGGAGACGGCACAUGUAGGCGGGCACAAAUACGCAGGGAACAUGCUGGUGUAUCCUCACGGAGAAUGGUUGGGUCUCGUCCAGCCUGAGGACGUGCCAGAUAUUCUAGAUACUAUCCUCUCUAAACCAGUUCGUUCUUUCAACCCUGAUGAUAAGCCCAUGAUCAAGGAAGCACAGGUGGAGCUGUUCAGUCGAUACCGUGAUUAGCGCUAUUACCAUAUAUAUUCCGUGUUUGUUGCAGAAUUCUAUAAAAUUUCCUCCCAAACUGC